GCUCGCUGGAGGAGUCCCAGCCUAAUAAGGUCCCCGAGAAGUGUCACUGGCCCUGAGUGGGACCCCGGCGUGGCCGGUUCUCUCCGCGCUAGCGGCCUGCCCCCGCUGCUUGGCGGGCUAGGACAGGGGAAAUGUUGCAGGAGGAGUCGGAUCUGUCUCUCAUUAUUGCUCAGAUUGUCCAAAAGCUCAAGGGCUCCAAUUUGUACGCUCAGUUGGAACGGCAGGCCUGGGCCAGUCUUCAGAGACCCGAGAUUAAACUUGAAUCACUAAAAGAAGAUAUUAAGGAAUUCUUUAAAAUAUCAGGUUGGGAGAAGAAGCUUCAGAAUGCUGUAUAUAGUGAACUGAGUGUGUUUCCUUUACCUAGUCAUCCUGCUGCGCCUCCCGAACAUCUUAAAGAGCCUUUGGUGUAUAUGAGGAAAGCACAGGGAAGUUGGGAAAAAAGAAUUUUGAAGAGUUUAAAUAGUAUGUGCACUGAACUGAGUAUCCCGUUGGCACGAAAGAGGCCAGUUGGAGAACAGAAAGAGCUUCUCAAUAAAUGGAAUGAAAUGGGAACCGAUGAACCGGAUUUAAGCCUUUUCAGACCUGUUUAUGCGCCUAAGGAUUUCCUUGAGGUAUUAAUUAAUCUUCGCAACCCAAAUUAUGAAAAUGGUGAUUCUCUUAGUUUCAGGACUCAUUUGGGUUUAAUCCAAGUUCCUCUCAAAGUAAAAGACAUCCCUGAAUUGAAAGAAUUCUUUGUAGAACUUGGCUUAACUACAGGACAACUGGGUAUAGAUGACUCUACACAAGUGCCUCCUGAACUUUUUGAAAAUGAGCAUGUACGUAUUGGGCAAAAAGUUCUAGCAGAGCAAGAUAGUGCUGCCGCUCAGCAGUAUGUCAGGCAAGGAAGCCCCACAGCGCUGAGAGCUGAACUGUGGGCUCUCAUUUUGAAUAUUUCCAGUCAACCUGAGGACAUCUUGUAUUAUGAGCAGCUUAAGACAAAUGUGAUACAACAUGACCUUUUGGUGGACAGUCUAAUUUAUAAAGAUGUGAAGUUGACAGCAAGCAAUGAUGAUUAUUAUUUUGUAUUUGAAGAUUAUUUAUAUCAGGUAUUACUUUGCUUUUCUCGAGAUACGUCUGUGUUGGGUCACUUUGCGUACAGCAGUGCUUCGCCACCGAAAUCGUACAUACGAGGAAAACUAGGACUAGAAGAAUAUGCUGUCUUUUAUCCACCAAAUGGUGUAAUCCCUUUUCAUGGAUUUUCAAUGUAUGUUGCACCACUUUGUUUUCUAUACCAUGAACCUUCCAAACUGUAUCAGAUAUUCCGUGAGAUGUAUGUGCGUUUUUUCUUCAGACUUCAUUCCAUCUCUUCUCAUCCUUCUGGUAUUGUGUCACUCUGUCUGCUGUUUGAAACUCUUCUUCAAACUUAUCUCCCCCAGCUCUUUUAUCAUCUACGAGAAAUUGGGGCUCAACCACUUCGCAUAUCAUUUAAAUGGAUGGUUCGAGCUUUCUCUGGAUACUUAGCUACAGAUCAACUCUUGCUUUUGUGGGAUAGAAUCCUAGGGUACAACUCUCUGGAAAUUCUUGCUGUCCUGGCAGCUGCUGUGUUUGCUUUCCGAGCAGUGAACCUGAUGGAGGUGACAUCACUGGCUGCAGCUGAAGCAGUUCUUGCUGACCUUUCUACUUUAAAAGUUAUGCCUCUUCUUCAGAUUUUUCUAUUUGCUACUGUCACCUGAUCUUCUCCAAGGUCACUGACAACACAUCUAGUUUUUCAUUAGAAAGUAAUCAUGAACUAUGCAAACUCUGCAUAAAACCAAAAUUAAACUUUGCAUAUAAGCCAAUAAAGAUCAUGUUCCCUCCUCAGUUAAACCUAAGUAGUUUUUCACUUUUUGAAACAAUAGCUCUGCACACCACGUAAUGAAUGCACUGCAUGCUGCUGAAUUUCAAGACAGAAGCAAUAGACUUAACUCUGCUAAACUGAGCACACUCUAGAUAAUCCUGGGAUGUGAAAGGCAUGUAACAAUAUAUGCAAUAAGAACUAAAGAUACUGUAAUAAACUUGAAGAGGUAAUGUAGCCUCUGGGACAAUUCUCUUAUGUCAGUUUGUGAAUUUGUCUCUAGAUAAUGAAUCAUUUUGUCUUAUAAAUGCUCUUCACUCAGAGCCAGGGGUGGGGUAGGAUGUGGGAAGACUUGAAAAAGAUAAUGCUUUUAAAUAGGAAUUCAAAUGUACUUUGGUGUUUUUAACAACCUUUCUCUCAUCAGAGAUCUUCUAGAUCCCUCCCACCUUAUUUCUCCCUCAAAGAUCUCUGUUGGGGAAGGCCAAAUACAGUCAUCUCCAGCUGACAAUAUUUCAGUCAUGAUUUCUGGAAAAAAGGAAAUUACAGAGUGAUCCCUUCAAACUUCGCAACCUUCCAUCUCUUGGUUAGAAGCCUUGACGGGGCUGAGGUUGACAGAUACCGUUACUUGGGAAGUAUACAAAGAAGACACCCAAGGAUUCCGUGAAGGGAAUGAAAAAUCAGAACCACAUCCGCUUUAACUGAAGCGUGGUUUAACAAGAUUUACCUCUAGGACAGAGCAGCGUAGAGAGGCCAGAAGUAGGUACUAUACAUUCACUCUAGAAGUGAAGACAUUCUAUUCUGCAAGACAUCAGUCUCAUUUUGGUCCUUAUUGUAAGUGAAGGGUCUUAUUUUAUAUCUCUACUUAAAGACCUAGCAUUUCUGUAAUACAGAAUAAUAGAAUGUGAGGGGAAAAAAAGCCUAAAAAUCAUUGUCUUUCAAUUUUAAACUCAAAUUCGAGAUGCUGAUCAUUUCAACAAAACUCUGAAUCA